AUGCCCCGGGACCCAUUGAUUGGCAUUGUGGGGAAACCGUCCUCCGGCAAGUCAACAAUGCUUAAUUCAUUGACCGACGCAGCAGCAGCGAUGGGAGCGUUCCCAUUCACUACAAUUGAUCCCAAUAAGGCUACUGGAUACGUGCAAGUCGACUGCGCAUGUUCCAGAGUUGGAAAGCAGAGUCUUUGUAAACCAAACUAUGGUUGGUGUUCCGGAGGGAAGAGACACAUACCGAUCAUGCUGCUCGACGUUGCAGGCCUGGUGCCUGGAGCACACGCUGGUAGAGGCCUUGGUAAUAAGUUCUUGGACGAUCUGAGACAUGCUGAUGCGCUUAUUCAUGUUGUGGACGUGAGUGGAUGCACAGAUGCGGAAGGGAAGAACACUAGAGGUUAUGACCCAUUGAAUGACAUCGAAUGGCUGCAGGAUGAGAUAAGGCUUUGGAUUGAGGGCAACCUGAAGAAGAGAUGGGGCUCGAUUGUCCGUAAGCACACGGCGACCAAGUCAAGCAUAGUGGAUACAUUGCAGGCGCAGUUUGGCGGUUACGGAUCGCAGGCCGUGAUGAUCCAGAGAGCCCUGGACAGACUGACAGGAUUGCCUCCACUGCAAGAUUGGGACGACUCGUGGAUCACCAAAGUCGUCUCAUCAUUCAUGAUGGAGAAGUUCCCUACGGUGCUGGCGUUGAACAAGAUAGACCAUCCGGAUGCUGACAAGAAUGUGUCAAAGAUCAUGCUGAAAUAUCCUAAUACCAAGGCGGUUUUAACUAGUGCCAUAACAGAGUUGUUUCUGCGGAAGCUAAACAAGCAGGGCUUUGUUCGAUACGAAGAAGGUACCGAGUUUGUAGACACCCAUGAGGACGAUCCUGAUCAUUUGAAGCCGUUAGACGACAAGAUCAUCGAGAGAAUCGAGAAUAUCAGGGACUUGGUAUUGUACAGGUUUGGUUCUACCGGGGUUGUGCAAGUUUUGCAAGCUGCAACAGGUAUUCUCGAUUUGAUUCCCGUAUACACGGUCAAGAACAUACAAACGUUUACGGGAGGUAAUGGAGUGAACGUCUUCAGAGAUUGUUUCCUUGUCAAGAGGGGAACGCCCGUUGGUAAGGUGACCAAGUAUAUCAUGGGAACCGAAGUAACGAUAGCCGCAAUUGAGACGGUUGGCGGUAUCAGAGUUAGCGAAGACAGCACCGUUGAGCCCGGUCAGAACGAUAUUCUAAGUUUUAAGAUUGCACCAAAGAGCAAGGAAUAG